GGUUUUCUUCUCCGCUGGGCAGUAGUCACUAGCUUUGACGUGACACAGUUUAGUAAUGGCUUCGGUGUUGGCCCAGUGCCAUCACAUCAUUGGGCUGAGAACUGGGGUGGCCAACAACAUCUGCUUCCUUGACGAGCACACAGUGCUCUUCCCCUCUGGAAACAACUGUGUGCGCUACAACAUUGAUCGAAAAUGUCAGAAAUUCAUACCAGGUUUGGAGAAAAGCCUUGGCAUGUAUGCAUUGGCCAUCAGCCCUAACAAGCGCUACCUGGCCGUAUCAGAGCUCGGGGAUCGGCCAAUCAUCACGAUCUAUGACCUGCAGCAUGAACUGUUCCGCAAGAAGAAGGUGCUAAUGGCCGGCGAUCUCACCAUUGCAGAGUUUGUGUCCAUGAGUUUCUCCCCCGACUGUAAGUACCUCAUCGCCCAGUCGAGUGGCCCGGACUGGGUCCUCUUUUACUGGAAGUGGGAGAGGCAAAAGGUCAUGGCCACAGUCAAGGCCACCACCAAUACGAACCCCAUCUAUCAGGUCAGCUUCAACCCUUAUGACAAUGCUCAGAUCUGUGCAACUGGCUAUGGGGUCCUGAAGGUCUUCCGCUUCACAGAGGGUAUUCUUAAGCAGACUUCUUUCCAGAAACUGGACACCCAGAAUAUCCUGUCCCAUGCCUGGGUCUCAGAGGAGCGCAUUAUCGCAGGGACAGAGAGAGGCAGAGUGAUGGUGUUUGAGUCUGGCGACCUGCGCUGGGACAUGAGUGUGGGCCCCAAAGCCACCGCGGACAACAUGUCCAGGAGUAGCAGAUCUGCAAGUAAGAAGGAGACGGAUAUCCAGAUGGACAUGCCACGCAUUACAGUCAUUACAGCAUAUUCUAAAGGAUUUGCAUGUACCGCUGGUCCUGGGACAGUGUUGUUGUAUGAGAGAACCGAAGAAAGGGAAGGUUACCGGAAAACCAGAAAAAUCACGAUUCCCCCGGACCCCUGCAGGAGUGACCCUGGUCGGGCGGAGCAGCAGCAGAUGAUGUCUCUGGCCUUCAGCCCGUCGGAGGAGACACUGGUGACCAGCACUGACUACAACCAGCUCUACAGCAUAACCACUGCUGAGAUGACCAAGGAUAAGCAGGCUCACUUUGAGCACCUGUCUCACUCCUUCCACUCUGGAUGCAUCACCGGCCUGUCUGUCUGCAUCCGCAAGGCCAUCAUGGCCACCUGCUCACUGGACCAGUCCGUGCGCAUAUGGAGCUUUGAAACAAAUGCCCUUGAGCUUUACAAGGAGUUUCAGGAGGAGGCCUACAGCAUUGCCCUGCACCCCUCGGGCCUUUACGUACUGGUGGGCUUCUCCAGCAAGCUAUGCCUCAUGAACCUGCUCAUCGACGACAUCAGGACCUUCAAGGAGUUCACCGUGCGCGCCUGUAGAGAGUGUUCUUUUAGUAACGGUGGACACUUCUUCGCUGCUGUCAAUGGCAACGUCAUCCACAUUUACUCCAGCACGUCAUUCGAGAAUAUCCUCAACCUGAAGGGUCAUAAUGGCAAGGUACGCUCCAUCGCCUGGAGUGGCGAUGACAGCCGCCUGGUGUCCUGCGGCAUGGAAGGCGCCGUCUACGAGUGGAACACGCUGACGGGUACGCGCGAGGCCGAGAGUGUCCUUAAGACCUGCAGCUACUCGGGGCUCAGCCUCUCGCCCGACAGCAAGACCAUAUUCGCCGUGGGAACUGACUUUACCCUCAAAGAGAUCCAGGACUGCCUGAUCUUGCGGGAGGUGAGCGCAGAGGACGUGACUUACACCAGCAUUGUCAUGUCUCGUUCCGGCCGAACUCUCUUCACCGGCACGUCCAUCGGAACAGUCCGGGCCAUCAGGUACCCUCUGUCUCUCCAGAGGGAGUGGAUCGAGUACCAGGCGCACGCCUCUGCUGUCACCAAGAUGGUGAUAACGUUUGAUGACCAGUACCUGCUGACAGUGUCAGAGGAUGGCAGUCUGAUCAUCUGGAAGCUGAUUGAUAAGGAGGGCCGAGGCCUGAAGAGUCAGAUCUGCUACGCCGAGGAGAUUCUCAUCACCAAGUCUGAGCUGGAGGAGAAGAACCAGAUCGUGCUGGACCUUGGGACUCGUGUGGAGGAACUGAAGAUGGAGAAUGAGUACAAGCUGCGUCUCAAUAACUUGAACUUCAACGAGAUGAUAAAAGAGCUGACUGAGAAGUUUAACAACCAGAUGGAGCCUCUGAAAACUAAUAUCCAGAUCCUGAAAACAGAUAAGGAGUUGGUGGAAAUAAAAAAUCACGAGGUAAUGACUGCGCUUCUGAAUGAGCACAGUCAAGAGGUGCGCAAAUUAGAGUCUGCCAGCAGCCAGAGGCUCCUGCUGGAGUACGCGAAGUACCAGGAGCUGCAGGAAAAGUCCCAGAACAUGCAGGUCAACUAUGAGCUCCAGCUGCAGAGCAUGGAGACUGUGAAGGCCGUGGCCCUGCAGAACCUCAAGCUCCACUAUGAGGGACAGAUACAGGAGAUGCAGCUGCUGCUUGAUCAGUGCCAGGAGGAGUCCCGCACGCAGCAGAGGGAGUUUGAGGAGUCAAAGAAGCAGAUGGAGGAGGACAGCGACUGCGAGAUCCAGGACAUGCGCCUUCGCCACGGGCGCUUGCUCACCGCGGAGAGGGAGACCAACCUCAAGAUGAAGGGAGAGACGGGCACCAUGAAGAAAAAGUUCAGCAGCAUUCAGAAGGAGAUCGAUGAGAGGAACAUGGUGAUCGAACGGAUGAAGGGGGAGCAGAACAAGCUGCAGAUCAAGAUGAAGUCCCUGGAGAAUGACAUUCUGUCCCUCAAGAAGGAGAUCGAGGAGAAAGAUGAGACUGUCCAAGACAAGGAGAGGAGAAUGUACGACCUAAAAAGGAACAACCAGGAGCUGGAGAAGUUCAAGUUCGUGCUGGACUACAAGAUCAAAGAGCUGAGGAAGCAGAUCGAGCCACGUGAAAAUGACAUAAAAGAGAUGCGAGAACAGAUUCAGGAGAUGGAGAAGGAGCUGGACACUUUCCAAAAACAAAACAUCAAACAGGAGCUGCUCAUCAGCGAGCUCUACCUCAAGCUCAGCACCAGCGAGAAGCAAGUGCACAAGGAGCUGCAGAGGGUGUGGGAUGGCCAGGCUUCGAUUAAGAGGUUUAAGGCAGACCUCCAUAACUGUGUGGCUUUCAUCCAGGAGCCUCUGAGAUUAAAGCUCGCCAUCAAGGACUUACACAACUGCUACAUACAUAAAUCUGAUGUGGUGGAAAUAGAGGGAGCUGACACUGCCAUUCAGAAGGAGUAUGCCCGACACCAGGAACAUCUAGAGAGAAGCCUGACCACAAUGAAGAAGAAACUAGCCUUAGCCAACAUGGAGCAUAACAAAGCAAAUGUUAAAAUCAUGCAGGACAACGUGACCCUAAUCACUGAAAUUAGCAACCUGAGACAAGAGCUGACGCUGACGCGGUCACAGGUCUACAAAUACGAGGCCCAGCUGGGGCUGAACAAGAAGGGCCAGAAAAAGCAAGCCUCAGAGGCCAAAGGUACCCUAACACCCAGGUGCAAUCCCUGUGACGAAGUCCAGCGUCUGAACCUUCACGAUGAAACAGAGAGAAUCAUUCAGCUCCAGAAGUUUGAGAUCCAGCGACUGAGGCAGGAGAUCCACGAUAUGUCCAAAAAACGCACACACAGCCCUCCCUCCAGUCCCAGGCUACCUUCCCUCACCCAGUUGUAG